AUGAAGGCUUGCUGGCUUGCGCGACUUUUCCACGUUUACGCCCUGUCUCACUUGCUCGUGGCAAUUCCAAACGAAAAAGGUCUCUCGGUUGUGGCUGGCGCGAAUUGCCCGGCUCCGGAAUGGGAGACAACUAGAAUAGAAAUAAUUAAUGCCACUGGCGUUGCUUUUAUUCUCCCUUUUCUAACAGGGCGGGACAACAUCAGCUCAAAUGCCACGAGUCUCAGACUUUGCAGUACCUUAUUCGAAACCCCUUUAUCAUGGAGGGCUACGCUAGUUGGCAGGGCUACUGUUCAUCAAGA